UUUUGCCGCGGCAUUCUGUUUAUUCAAAACUCAGUUCGGAUUUUUCAGCUUCAAAUUAUCACCAUCCUUCUUAUUAAGGAUAACAAAGGCUGAGGAUAAGGCGCUACUGUCGUGUGCUAUUAACAAACAAACCGACUUCUGAAUUUCCUUAUUCUCCCCAUUAGAUAUAAAUACUAGUUUCUUCUAGCAAAAUUAUUUCUCAGCUGAACUAUUGCAUUUGAUCCUGUGCUCGGAUUAUUCCCUAGUUCGAAAUUUUCAGCAUCAAAUUUUCCUCGACAUCCUAAUGCAAUGGAGGCAAAGCUGAUUAGCAACGAUGUGUUCAUACGGACAGAAAAUCCCUUCCACGAAGGAGAGUUGAAAUGGAUUAUUGACAACGCCUCCAAGUUCUCCAGGAGGCUUCGAAGUUGGAAUUUUUCUCUACAAAAAGAAUGUGAGCCUGAAUUCCAGGUAGUGGCUAGAUUUAAUGACAGGUACCCAGAAGUACACGUAACGAAUGUUCAUAUAGGUAUACAACGAAUGGAUUCUGGCGACAGAACUGUCUAUGUAAACGCCAAUGCUCAGCUACUGAACUUGGAUGGCGACGAAUACUGCCGUAAAGAUAUCACCUUCACUUGUUCCGGUGGCGGUGCUCCUUUUUACAUCUUUUCAGAACUCUUUUCAGAUUCUGCAGGUGGACUGACUCUGUCCGAACCCAGAACAGGUAUAUCUUCCAAUGAUAAUCAACAUAUGCUUCAUCUCCAAUUGAAAAACUUAGUAGCUUUUCAUGGGAAUGUGGGACCAAUCUUCAUUAUGCCUGAAGAUACUUUGGUGGUCAAAGUGCAUAUCAAAAUAUUCGGUUGCUGCAUCAUUACAAACGAAGUAAAAGUGCCAGAUGUACCGAAGCGGCAAACCCCUCGAUCCCAUGUCGACCUGAUGGUGAGGGAUUUCCUUCUAGCGUACCAACGCGAGGAAUUGACAGAUAUAGAGUUGGUGGUUGAAGACAAAGUCAUCAAGGCUCAUAAGUUUGUUCUUCAAGCUAGAUCUCCUGUUUUCAGAAAUAUGCUGGAUCAUAACCUAACAGAGACAACACAUGGCACAAUACAAAUAAACGAUCUGGAUUACCCAAUUCUUCAAGCUUUGAUAUGGUACUUGUACACAGCAGAGGUACUAACUUUGCCUUUUGUGGAUGUAUGUGAUUUGUAUGAAGCUGCAGAUAAAUACCAAAUAUCUUCCCUUCAGAAGGAAUGUACUGAGAUUUUGAAAUCUUUCCUUAGUGAAAACACUGCUUGCAGGACUUUGGUGCUGGCUGACAUGCAUAAUGAUCAACUCCUCAGAGCGGAGGCUGUUGGUUAUAUUUGUCGUAAUUUUGCGGAAGUCAAACUGACUGAAGAAUGGGAGUUGACGAUGCGUGCUCAUCAACGGAUUGCUGCAGACGUUUUGGAAAAAGUGUGCAGUUCUUCUGCGAAAACUAGAAGGAUAGAAGUUAUAUGAAAAAGAAUUUGUAGUUUCAAUAUGUUGCCAGUUUUACUUUAUUAAUUUAAAAUCCUCUGAAUUCUAAAUAAACAAAUUAUCUUAAUAUUUUUGUUUAUUAUUCAAACAGAAAAAUUUCUGUUAAUCAUCGCAUAAUUGUUUGUUUGAAUUUUGAGGAUGAUUAUUUAUUCAAUUUCGAAUAUUAUAUAUUUGGUGGUGAUUAUUUUUUAU